AUGGCAUCGGCCGGGGCUAGGGACUCAGAACCCCCUCCAUACCAUAACUGGCAGGAGGCUGUCCCUGACACUACGACUUUUCCUCCUCCACCGGUAGCGGGCAACUUGGUCUCGAGCACGGGAAAUGCCUCCAGCGACGAUGCAGACCGGGCACUUGAGUUCUGUGACCGGAAUCCCUUAUCCCCCCCCGUCCAGCCACCUGCUGUCGUCUACCUCAGCCCUAUAGCACCGCCAGAGUUUCGCGGAAGUAUAUACAAACACGGGGAUUCCUGGCGAGGAUCCACGCGAGACAGGCAUAGAGAUUGCUUGGUAUCGAGCAACCUGCCUGUUUAUUUUUCGUUGGUUGACUCGCCGUUUGUCACGGAGAGAAGCAAGACGAUCUAUUUCGAGGUGAAACUGCUCGGUCUCCGGGCAGGGCCAGCUCCCGGCGAGGCGAGUGGGCUAUCUAUUGGGUUCGUGGCGCAGCCCUACCCGACAUGGUGCUCCCCCGGCUGGCAGCGAGGAAGCCUCGGGGUCUUCUCUGACGAUGGCUGCCGAUUUGUGAAUGACUGCUGGGGCGGGAAAGAUUUCACGCAGGCAUUUAGCGUGGGCGAGACGUUAGGCUUGGGAAUGACAUUCCAUCUUCCCGAUCAUAGCAAUGCCAGCCCGCAGACACACAAGCUCAAGGUUGAAGUCUUCUUCACGCGAAACGGCCAGAGAGCUGGCGGCUGGGACCUACACGAGGAAACCGACGAAGAAGCCGGGGGGGUCGAAGGCUUAGAAGGGGACUUUGACUUGCACGCAGCCGUUGGGCUCUUCGGAGGCGUUGAUUUCGAAGUGUGUUAUAAUAAUCCUGCUGCCGGCUGGCUCUGGAGGCCCUGACCUCGAUCCUGAUUAUUAUUCUUAUUAUCGUAUGAUGUAUAUAUAUACUAGUCCCACGGUUAGGUAGAGUCAAGAACCCACCCAUCCACCCUCGACAAGUUCGUGCAGCGAUGCAUCCAUCCCCACCGGCCGACGCAGACAAGGACAAAAGAAGAAAGAAACCAGAAACCAGAAACCACAUCAAGGGCUUGACAAGUUCGCCAACACUGCUGCUAAAAUAUGCAUCUACACAUAAAGAGUAGGCAAUUAAUUAAUUAAUUAAUGUCCACCCACACCUCGCGGGGCCUU